UAAUACUAAUUGAAGAUCAAUUAUUUUCAAUAUCAGGAAAAACAUUAAAUGAAUUUAACUUCACAUCUCCUGUAAGAACAAACAGAACCUAUUUGCGGGGAAAUUAUCAUAAAGAAACUAAUUACAAUAUUGAAAGUUUAUCAAAUUUUAUUACUGAAAAUGAACCUAAAUUAACUAAUCAGCAACGAAAUGUUUAUGAAAAAAUUUUAGAAAGCGUAAAUGAGAAUCAAGGUAAAUUAUUUUUCAUAGAUGCCCCUGGAGGAACUGGAAAAACUUUUCUAUUAAAUUUAUUGUUAGCCAAAGUGCGGAGCAGUGGAAAGAUUGCAUUGGCUGUUGCAAGUUCAGGAAUUGCUGCUACUUUAUUAACCGGUGGAAGAACUGCUCAUUCUUUAUUUAAAUUACCAUUAAACUUAAAUUUGGAUUACUUAAACAUAUACAUGUAAAGUUAGUCAAUAAACAAAAAUUGUAUAAAACUUUCAAGUAUUAGUGAGUUUUUUUUUUUAAACAUAUGAAUAAAUAAAUAAGUAAAUAAACUAACAUUUGUAUCAUUAAUCUCUUAUCAACGGAAGAAGAAACAUGAAUGUAAACGCUAGACCAUUUUUCCGGCAAGGCCGACUUUAUGAAUUCAUCGGAUGUGUGCGCGAAAUAUUCGGCUACCGUGAAUUUUUAUACACUGAUCACUUUUCUUUCGGCAUCUAUGAUGACGUGGGUCAUUCUCACGUCAUCAUGGUAGUUGACGUCAAUCACGACCUGCGACAUUCAAUCGAUAUUAAUCAGGUUGUCAAGGUGUCAGAAGUUUGUCUGUAUGGACGAUCUUUCGACGUCAGUCAGGACUACUCGCCAUUUGAAUUUCGCGUGUUUAGUUUUGCCGGCUUCAAUCCCACGCAUUUAUUCUAUAAUUCAAGAAGCAGGACAAUGGAGAGACGAGUAGUCGAGGCUGAAAUGGACGUCGAUGACUAAUUUGAUGAUAAAUUAUAAUUAAUUUAUUUAUUUAUGUUCAACGGUUUAAGUGGAUAUUCUUAGAU